AGUUGAAAACUGAUCACUACCGGGAUGUGUGUAAUUAAAUGCAAUAUUAGGCGUGGAUAUUUUUGCGAGCAGAAUCAUAAAGUAGUUUUCAAAAAUCAGGUUUUAUGUUGUGAAAGUAAUACGUUUUGAGUGUUGAGAUGGAUGCCACAUCAUCUCAUUCUUCGCAGUUUUCAGGAAAGUCAGUAAUUUGGAACUUUUACAACAAGCAUGGCAGUUGUGAUGCAGUGUGCAAAACAUGUUUCAAAUCUCUGAAGACUCCAACUGGUUCCACUACAAGUUUGAUUCGUCAUUUAGAGAAGCAUUCUAAUGAACUUAACCUCUACAAGAAACUAAAGGAAGAACAUUCAACAAGAACACCUUCACAGAAACGAAAAAUAAAUGACAAUUUCAAGCAAACGACCCUUGGUGAAGCAUUCCAGAAGCCAGCAAAGUUCCCUCGGGAUCAUGCCCGAGCAAAAGAAAUCACAAUGUGUAUAGGAAAAAUGAUGGCAACAGAUUUCCAGCCCUACACAAUAGUUGAAGAUUACGGUUUCAAACAACUCUGUGAAACCAUGGAGCCGCGGUACAACCUGCCAUCAGCAACUACAUUUUCAAGGUCUGUAAUCCCAGCAUUGUUUGAUGAGCAGUCAAAGAUCCUUAAAGAUGAAUUGGUGACUGACAUUGAAGGGAGCAUAUUUUCUUUGACCUUCACAACUGAUAUGUGGACCUCUCGGAGUGGAGAAGGAUAUAUAUCCCUGACUUCUCACUACAUAACAAACAACUUUCAGCUCAAAAAACAUGUGUUAAGCAUUUCACAUUUUCCGGGAAAUCAUACUGGAGAGGCCAUUAGUUCAAAACUGACAGAACUUCUUCACACGUGGGGCCUUGCUGAGGUGACUGUCCCUAUAUAUGUUGUCUCUGAUAAUGCAAGAAACAUAGUGAAUGCUGUUUCACUUUCUGGAUAUGAACACAUACAGUGUUUUGCUCAUUUGCUUCAACUUGCCAUCAGUGAUGCAAAGAAAGGUCUCGGUAUCAUUGAUUUGCUUGCUUCUGCCAGAAAUAUAGUGACGUAUUACAGUCAUAGCAAUGUGGCUAGGGAAAGGCUGCACUCCAAACAAAAACAAGGAGGUUUUCCAGUUCAUGAACUGAUUCAGAUGGUCGACACCAGAUGGAACAGUGAAUAUCUGAUGCUUUCAAGGUUGCUAGAACAAAAGCAACCUGUCAUGGCUGAUUUGGUAGAAAAUGGUAGGGAUGGACUGUCGGCCAAGGAUUGGAAGAUGGCAGAAGGUAUGGUGCAAGUGCUUCAGCCAAUCUAUGAAGCCACUAAAGAAAUGUGUGUAGACAGACUUCCAACAUUACCCAUGGUGAUUCCAGUUUUGAUUGGAAUCGAUAGUGUUUUAAAGAAACACAUUGAUGCAAGUGGAGCUGGUUCAGCUGUGUUGUUUGCAAAACAACUGAAGCAGUGUGUUUGGUCGAGAUUCCCGGAAUACAAAAAGAAUAAAGUGUAUAGGACCGCCAUGAUGCUUGAUCCUAGAUUCAAGGCCGUUCUUCUUGACAAGUAUGAAAAAGACUUAGGAAUGCAUGAAAUAAGUAAAGAAGCCCUAGAAAUGAAAAGUUGUAAUAUGCAGCCCUCCUCACAAAGUGUUACUAAUGAAAGUAAAUCAAGUGUACCUACAAGCAGCAGUGAUAGUAGCAAUAUCUGGUCUGUUUUUGAAGAAAUGAAAGGACAGCAAUCUACAACACCUGAAGUGCAGAGCAUUGAGAGAGAUCUUCAGAUCAGGACUUUUUUCAGGGAGGGCACUAUUCCCCGCUCAGAAAAUCCAUUGGCAUGGUGGUGCCAAAAUGAAUCAAAAUUCCAUUUACUUGCACCAGUGGCAAAAAAGUACUUGGGGAUUCCUGCUACACAAGUAGCAAGCGAGAGACUGUUUUCUUCUGCAGGAAAUACAGUUACUUCAAAGAGAGAGAAUCUCUUGCCACAACAUGUGGAACAACUAAUUUUUUUGCAUGAGAGACUUUUACCUAACCAAAGUUGUUAAAAUAAUUUUGUAAAAAUCUUCCCUCGUUUUAAAUUGUAA